AUGGAAGCCGAGCGAAUGUGGUUUCUCGCUGAAGCCGUCAAGGCCGGCAUCGAGGAGGCAGGCGGCCAGGCUACCAUCUACCAAGUCCCCGAGACCCUCUCCGACGAGAUCCUCACCAAGAUGCACGCCCCCUCCAAGCCGGACUACCCAAUCGCUACCAACGACACCCUCACCUCCCACGACGCCUUCCUCUUCGGCAUCCCCACCCGCUACGGCGCCUUCCCGGCCCAGUGGAAGACCUUCUGGGACGCUACCGGCGGUCUCUGGGCCAAGGGCGCCCUUGUCGGCAAGAGCGCGGGUCUCUUCAUCUCCACCGGCACCCCGCAAGGUGGCCAGGAGACCACCGUGCUCACCUCGCUCUCCACCCUCGUCCAUCACGGCAUCACCUACGUUCCCGCAGGCUACCGCGCGUUUGCCCAGAUGUCCAACAUGACCGAGCUCCACGGCGGAUCGCCCUGGGGAAGCGGCACUUAUGCCGGUCCUGACGGGUCUAGAUCUGUCACAGAUUUGGAGAAGGAGAUUGCCUCGAUCCAGGGCCGCGAGUUCUACAAGUUUGUCGCGCAGAUCUACUAG